AUGGCACCGUUGUCCGUUGGCGCGCGCGCGCCAAGCACCCAAGGCGGCGCCGGCGCAGGCAGUCGGCUGUUCGCGGUUCGCAGCCGCACCCGUGCCAUCAACCUGACGCAGGCGGCGGAAGCGGUCCUCUGCGUCUCCGGCAGCUUCGACGUGGUCAUGGAGCCCCAGCCCGGGUCGCCGACGUCGCCGCCCUUCUCUCCGGGCACGACGUUAUGGGACAAUGCCAGGGCGGCAACGCCGUCGGAAGAGAUGGCAGAGCCGGACGAGACAAAGGAGGAGGCCACCGAACUCGAGCCGGGCAGGAAGUCGACCGCGUCCUCCUCGUCCGCGUCGUCGGCUGAUAUCCCGUGCAACAUCGACGUCGUGGAGCUCGUCAACCCGUUGGCGGCGGUACCGCCGGAGCCGGAGGUCGACGAACACGGCGUGGAAGCCAAAGCGGUCCACUCGGCGACGCCGGAGGACGAACGAGCCGCUCCCGCCGUACACGGCGCCGACGACAAGCCGGCAGACUGCGCGAUGCCGGAGGGCGGACAGGCCGCUCCCGCCGUAACCGUGCACAACGCGGAGGCCAAGCCGGACGACUGGGCGACGUGGCCGGAGCCACCGCCUCCGGUCGUCGACGACUCGUUCGCCUCGUCGGAAGGCGGCGGCGCCGCCGGUGCGCCGGCGCCGCUGACGGAGGCGCCGCAGGUACAGACUGUCUCGCCGGCCAACCUCGGAGCGGCGGGGGCGGGGGCGGGGGCGGGGGCGGCCGGGGCCAGCGGGUUCGACCCGGGGAGGAUCCCGGCGUCCGUGUUCCAGCACAGGACGUCGGUGUCGCAGGCCGAGUGGAGCAUGGCGUCCAACGAGUCGCUCUUCAGCAUCCAGGGCGCCAGCGACCUGUACCCCGGCAGCAGGUCGCACUUCGACUUCUACUACGACGAGGCCAUGGCGGAGGCGGCGGACUCCAAGCUGCCGUCCCUCGCGGAGGGCGCGGAGCCCGGGGACGCGCCCGAGUCCAGGGAGUUCGCGGCACCGGGCAGCGCAGAGUCCACGGCCAGCGCCGUGGGCGGCAACGCCAAGAGAGCCGCCGUGUUCCGGCAGCACGAGAGCGGCUCCGGAAGCAGCUCCAGCAACUUCUCCUUCGCCUUCCCAAUACUGGCGGAGACGUCGCCGAGGAAGAAGGACGUCGUCAACAGCGCGCUGUACCAGCCGCUGGAGAAGGAGCGCGAGCAGCAGCAGCAGCCGCAGCUCGAGCCCCCCGUAUCGGCCUUCAUGGAGAUGACGACGGAGGAGGAACGGCGGAGGAGCGACACCGGGUGCUGUUGCUGCGGCUGCUGCUGGUUCGAUUGCUCCUGGUGCUGUCGGUGCCCAUGGUGGCGAUGCGGCUGCUGCUGCAGCUGCUCCUGCCCCAGCUUCUGCCGGUGCAGCUGGUGCCUCUGCUCAUGA